AUGGAAGAAGGUAUGAUCAUGGAGCAGCAGCCGCAGCAGCAGGAGGAGAAUGGAUUGGAUUCUUCUUUCUCGGCUCCUAGGAAUUCCAAGAGGCAGCGAAGGCCGAGUGUGCGCUUGGGCGAGAUUGGCGACGUUCCCCUAGCGUUGUUUCUCGAGAAUCGGCCUUCUUUCAAGAGGAGGAAGAAGCGCGCGGCGGCGGCGGCCCAAGUUUGUCCCUCUUUGCUGCCGGAUGUGGUGGAAGAGGAGGUGGAGGAUGAUCCAACCGCGGUGGACAUGACGGGCUUCCAUCUCCAGGAGGCGCUGGAGUCGCCGCCAUCGAAAACCAAGGCUUUGGAGCUCGUCCACGAUGCUGAGGAGAGGAAGAGCGGUGAGAAUGGGAACGAGGCGGAGAUGAUCGAGCAGGCGGCCGAGGUGGAGGAGCACGAUCAAGCCGCCGAGAAUGGCGAGGACGAGGAAGAGAAAGGGAGGAAGAAAUCCUCCUCUUCUUCGUCUUUCACUGUCAAGAACUGGGGAGCCAGGAAAGUUGUGGCGGCUGGUGAGGAGGAUGGCUCGAAGAGCUCGUCGCUGGCUAAAGAGAACGAGGAGAUUGGCGCCGAGGUGGAGGCUCGAGAGAGCAAGGAAGAAGAGAUGGAGGAAGCGAGGGAGGAAGCAGUAGAAGAAGAGGAAGAGCUUCCGCAGGACCAAGAAGAGCUCGAGGUGGAAGAGAAGAAUGCCUCUCAAGGUCUGUUUGAUCAGGCAAACGAAAGCGAUGCUUUGGUAGAAGCCAUCGAUCCGGAGGAGCGAUUGCUGGAAGAAGGUGAUGGUGGCGAUGGUGAGAACUUCCCAGCCAGCGGAGUCCGGGAAGAGAACCAAUCUCGCCAAGUAAACCGAGAAGAAGAACGCGAAGAAGAAGUUCCAGAGACUAGGACGCAGCAAACCACGAGUAAAAGUGGUGAGCUCAACCAGGAAGAGAGCUUCGUUUUGCCGGAGCUCGUAAGAAAGUGGCUCGAGGAACGAAGGUUGGCCAAGUAUAUGGACGUGUUUGAGCUCCAUGAAGUGGACGAGGAGGCUCUUCCACUGCUCACCAUGGAGGACUUGCGAGAGAUGGGAAUCCACGCCGUGGGCUCUCGCCGGAGGAUGUUCCACGCCAUCUUGAGCCUCUCAUCUCGCAGCUCGGAUUGA